AUGCACCCCACCGAGCUUUCCGACCGGGCGUCGCUUGAUCCUGACGUUUUCAGGCGUGAGUCCCGUAUGUCGAAGGAAGAACUGUGGUUGUCGUCGAGGGCUCUGACUUAUUUCUUCGCAGGUAUAGAUAACGAAGGUGGGCAUGACUGCGUCGACGCUGCUGAAGAUUCAUCGCUGCAAAUCUCGUCCACGACGUCUUCCAAGGACAAACGUGGCAAGCAAGUUGUAAGUCUUCGGGUCUGCUCUCCCCUCGCCGAAAGAUCCUAUACUCACGCCGUCGGCCAGGCAAGUGCUGUUUUAGAAGACAGAAGACAACGAAAUCGUCAGGCCCAAGCAACAUUUCGUCUCCGGCGCAAUGAACACCUCAAACAGCUCGAGGCCACCAUCCAGCAACACCAGCAGACGAUUCGUGAUCUCCAGGAAAGUGUCCGCGUCGCGUCCGACGAUUGUUUGAUGUUGCGCUACAAGAAUUCCAUCCUGGAACGUGUGCUCCUCGAGAAGGGCAUCGACGUCCGGGAAGAAGUCUAUGCGAAGCCACUGCUGCCGACAAAGCGUCGCGUGUCCGGAGCAAGUAGUCGCAACUCCUCCUCGGUGCAAUGUGGGCGCAACAAGCGGGCGAGAGACACGCUUUAUCCGGGCUCGGCCCCGGCUGUCCAGGCUCCUGUACAGACCAAAACCACAUCGUCGUCGUUUCAUGUCGGUCGUCUAGUUCCAGAAGUCUUUGCUUCUGCCCCUGCUACCUCGUCCGUGGCUCCCUCUGUCUCGGAGCAAUCCCAAUCUUCGACUUCAAGGUCACCUCGUUUGUCCCAGUGGCAACCAAGGACGACCGUAUCGGCCGAGACAGGGAUGAGGACUGUGCGGGCAACAAAGCAAGCCCAAGACUUUCAGCAGGCGGCACGCGCACGAAAACAUGACCUCGAGCAUCCUCAUCAUAAUCGGUCCGCGUUGCAAAUGCCACGACCCACUUCUACUACAACGAGUCAAUCCGCGUCGAGGCCCCGUGAUCCAUCGCGCGGACACUCUGUUGUGCCGUAUUCGACCAUGGCCACCGCCACCUCGGAGGAGGCAGGCCAUGGUCACGAAGUUUCUUUUGAGAAGACGACCAAGAAACCUCACCAUGCACUCGGCAAGCUACCCCCGUCCCUGUUUUGUCCUUUUUUGCUCGGGAGCUGUGACCACGUACACGUACGCGAACACGAACACGAACACGAACACGACCCCGAUUGCGAACUGUUGUUGACGACCGAACCAUCCCACCACGACGUGCACGCUCACCACUUCGACUUCGACCUUGGCAUCGACAUCGACAUGGACAUGCUCGAAAACACCUUGCCCGAACUGGUCCCUUCGCAGAGUACCCCUACCACCGUAACCUACGAAGAACUCCAAGACUUGUCACCCUUCAACGCCUACGGCGGCGGGUUGGACUGGACUCGUUCGUCUAAUCUUGUUUUUGAAAAGCCUGUAAAAUGA